AAAUAAAUUUAGCAAAAGAAACCUAUUAAAAAUUAAUUUAGUAAAAAAAAUGUAUUAAAAUAAAUUUAGUAAAAAAAAACUUAUUAAAAUAAUUAAAUAAUUUUAUUGAAAACAAAUUUAUUAAAAAAUUCCUUCCAAAAAACCUUUCAUUUUCCCCCUUUCUCUCCCCAAACCCUCAACCUCUCUAUCUCCAUCCCAAAACCCAUGCUAACCCAAGCCUUUCGCGAAGACUCACACUGACGACGAUGACCCACGCUACGACGAUCCACACCACGACGACCCACUCCGCUACGACCCACGCAGCAGACUCUUACCCAUGACGAUUCCGACCAAAAUCUUCACCUUCCUUGUCCAGCCUUGUCCGACGAGCCUCCAACGGCAGCGACCUGCAGACAGCGGUGUGGGUGUACCCAACCUCUGACCACGAGCGACUAGCCUCACUGACGACAACCCACUCAGAUUGACGCCUAGCGUUAUUUUCCAGUGGAGGAGGCGGUAAAGACGUGGAGGCGGCAAUGGCGGAGGAGCGGAGAAUGAAGCGGGCGGAGAAGUUGUCGUUGCCGCCGACUGCAAUCAUUUUUGGAGGAGUUUUUGGCCAGAGAAAAUUGUCAGGCGUUGCCGGAGUGCCAUCAUUUUUUUCAUUUGGAGUGUAUUGAGGUUUGGUUUAGUAAGAAAUUUACGUGCCCUAUUUGCCGUAAUUGUGUUGCAACUUAGAUUAAUUUCUUCUUCUUCCUCUCAUUUCUUUUCUCUCUACGUUGAUUAGAGAAUUUUACAUAUAAUUAUAGCUUUUAAUUUGGCUUUCGUUUUUAAAUUUUAUCUUUGAAACUACAAAACUUAAAUAGGUAAAGUAACAUAAAUUCUUCUCCAGCUGCCUCUUAUGAAAAUCAUGCCUAACCAUUGGAAUUGGAUUGAAGUGUUUGGAUGUUAUUAUGAAUCCUUGGAACUCUUCUGUUGAUAUGUUUGGGUCAGUUUCAAAGUUCGAUCAAUCUUAUCUUUUGUUUGGCAAUGAAGAGUACCUAUUCAUAUUUCAAGAAGCAUAUGGGGCUGUGAUUCAUUAUCUUUUCAAUGACCCUUGGUAAUGUUAUGCAUUCUAUGUCUAACUACGAAGAUUAGGUAUGUUGAGGUAAAUAUGGAUUCUAAAGCUCUUGUCUGGCCAUUAUUCAACAGUUUGCAAGCAUUUUGGUCAGGGCUUCAGUGUCCUUUACAAGUAGGAACUGUUGCAUGUAGAUAUUAUGUCAUGAGAUACAUGUGUGAAAUCGUGAGCAAGGACACAAACAUUAUUACUGAUGCGAUUGAUACAAGAAACUCAUACUCACAGCUUGAAUUGGAUGAAGUACGAGUGGAGUGGGCUGAAUUUUUAGCUCGGUACAUAUGAUAUAUACACCUAUAUAUGAUCUUCUUAAUUUUGUAUAUGGCUAACAUAGGAGAAUGUCCAUAACAUUUUUUGUGUAAAUGUUUUGUUCAUAGCCAUUAUACUUACAUGUUAGACAAUAGAUGUAAGGAGAUAGACUUUAGUUUUGGUACACAAGUUAGUUAUUAUUAUUGGUUAUAUAAGGUAACUAUUAUUAUUGUUGAUUUUGGAAUAGGCCACAGAUAGGAAAUUUUAGUUGGCUAUAUUUGGAUUGAAAUUGUGUAAUUGUUUUUGACAUUGGUGAGAAGAAUGAAAUUAUUGUUGGUUUACUUAA